AAUAUCAAAAUGCUUCUCACUAAAGAUUACCUUAAACAAAUCACUUCCGAAUAGAGCCUGCUUUUCGUGCAUCAACAAAAUAAAUGAAAUUCACAAUUUUUACACAAAAGUUAUUGAAAAUGAAAAGAAACUCCUUUGUUACCAUACCAGUAAGGAUCAAGUUAGGAAUUCAGUUCAAACAGCAAAUGAAAUGCAAGAUGUAAAUAUUGAAUACUGUAAUGAAAAUAUUUUUUGUGAAACUGAGAGCAAUGAUAAUACUGAGAUGCAGUUAAAGCAAGAAAACUUGUUAUCUACAACAAUUUAUCCAAACUCUUUUCAAAUUACAAAGAAAGAUUUCGAUUUUCAUUGUUCAUUGUGCCUUCAAAGUUUUCAAAGGCCAUCUCUGUUAUUGGAACACAGGGUGCACUGUAUUGAUGAGAAAUCAAAUAUCGAAUUAGAUAUUGAUAAGUAUGACCAAUCUACAAAUAAACAACUUGUAGAUAAAGCAGAGAAAGAAAAUGCCACCAAAAUUCUGAAAGAAAAAGAUGAAACUAAAAUGACCAAUUUGAAUUUAGAUAACAGUAAAUGUGAUGAAAAGUAUUCAAUAGUCAGUAGCGGAGAUCAAUUUAAGUUUAAAUGUAAUUUAUGUGAGAAAUCUUUCAAUACAAAAAAAGCAGUUGUCAGACAUAUUGUUAGUCAUACAAAUGAAAGACCGUUUGUCUGUAAUAUAUGUGGUAGAACAUAUAAAACUUCUGGGGAAAUAUUAAGACAUAAACGAAUACACAAAUCUGCUGAAUUAAUUUGUUCAUAUGAAUGCGGAUAUAGAACAUCAUACAGAGGUGCACUUAAAACACACGAGAAGACUCAUCAACCAUCACAGUAUAACUAUAAAUGUGAAACCUGCGGAAAAGGUUUUCAAGUUUUAACAAUGUAUAAGCAACACCAGAACGUGCAUGAAGGGUUGAAGCCAUUCGUGUGUAGCAUGUGCGGGGUGGCUUUCCAUAUGGACAGGUAUUUAAAAGCACAUCUGCAGAAUGUCCAUAACAAGUCCACAAAUGGUAAAUGUUUCAUAUGCAUACACUGCUGCUUACCACUGGACAGUCUUCUAGAACUGAAAAUGCACAAGAUUGAGAAUAACAAAGGGGCUACAAAAUCCUUUGACGAUCUGUGGUAUUUAAAAGCACAUCUGCAGAAUGUCCAUAACAAGUCCACAAAUGGUAAAUGUUUCAUAUGCAUACACUGCUGCUUACCACUGGACAGUCUUCUAGAACUGAAAAUGCACAAGAUUGAGAAACACGGCCUCAGAACAACCUGCCUCUGUGACGUAUGCGGGAAAGUCUUCAAGAACACGGAGAGGCUGAAGAACCAUAAAACGACCCAUUCGAAAUUGAAACCUUACACUUGUGGUGUCUGCAACAAAACGUUUGCUAAGAAGUUUCACUUGAAAGUACACGAGAACACGCACACAGGCGAACGGAAGCAUUCGUGUGGAGUUUGCGGACAGUCCUUCGUACAGAGAAGCUCUUUACUACGCCAUAAUAAACGGCGCCACCAGGAUCUUAAGAGUGCAAAUGAAAAGUUGGAACGUAAUAUGUGAAGGAUUUUUACUUUUGCUAUUAAAUUGGUUGAAAACUAGUGAUUUUCGUUUUAUUACC